AUUAGUGUGCAAAUAAUAUAGCAGCAGCCAGCUAGUAGUAGUAAGCAGCAGCAGCAGCAGUCAAUAGACAUUAGACAGAGACUGCAACACAAAAACUACAAUAAAACCAGACGAGGAACAAACAGAGUACACACAUUUGUUCUCUCCCGUUUAUAGCAAACUUAGGAGCUUUUCAUUCAUCUUCAAUGCACUUUAGGGUUUUUUUCCCUGUGAAAAAAAGUUGAUAAAUUCUCAAACAAUAGCUUUGUUUUUCGUUUUUUGAACCGAAAAAUACACCGCCAUUGUCGUUAUUCAGUUGCUGUGUACGUAGAGAGAAAGAGAUAUCACGCGAAGAUUGCUACUGAAGCCAUUGCUGAGACGAACGACGAAAACGGUAGCUUUGGUGAGAGUAUAGGUUGUUUUUUUCUGCUUGUUGGUUAAACGAGAAUUCUUAACUGGGGUGAUGAAGUGUCUUCUUUGGUCCAUUCCAUGCGCGUACUUGCCUUGCAAAAUGGAUCCUCACUGUGACGCUUCUAGAAAGCUUAGCAAGCUCUCAAACUCAAGACUUGCAAAUCCACUGCUCCAGCUUCUGUGUCCAAGUCCAGAUUUUUUCUACUUCUGGCUUCUUCAACUUUCUAACAUGGGUGUGAAUGAAAGACUUUUACAAUUACACCAUCAAAAUAAAGUUCGACAUCCGUUGGCUGUAUCCAGACAUGCUUUGUGCGAUCUAUCCAAUGUUUCUCCAGUGGUUUUCCUCUACCUCUUAAAGGAAUGCUAUGUCUAUGGAACAUGCAAGGCGACUGCCAAAUUUCGAGUUCUGCAACAGCAGGCGUAUGGAUUUUUGCACAAUGAUCCUCAACCUGGAGCAGCCAUCUUUGUUGCACAGUGCCUGUAUGUGUUGCCAAUAUUUGAGUCGCACUGUGAAGGAUUCAGUCAUUUGAUAAUAUCUGCUCUUCGUCAUUUCCUGAAAGUGGGAAAUGGCAUGAAUGGUUUAUCCAAAGCUAAAAUUUUGGCUGCAAAAUUAUUUCUUGCCAUUGUUGAUGGUACGCUGCAUCAUGAAGAAAGAGUCCUAGUCAAAAUCCUUGAAGUUUUUGAUGUCAGUCUGUCAAACAUACAAAAAGCUAUGCAUGAUACAGAUGAGAAGGAUCAAACCUGCCAGAUGGCUAAGGUAUUGGUUGAACAAUAUAUUUCUAGGUUAGUAGAAUCCCAGUCUUACAUGACUGCAGUUUCAUUGUUGGAACACUUUUCUAUCCGGGAAUCUGGAGAAUCUUUUCUGCUUAAAAUGUUGGAUAGCAAAGAAUACAGAGCGGCAGAAAAGUGGGCAACUUUUAUGGGGAAGCCAAUCUUAUGCACCCUUGUCCGAGAAUACGUCGACAGAAAACUGCAAAAGCACGCGUUUGAUGUUAUAAGGCAAAACAAUCUAAGGGAUGAGUUCCCAGAAAUAUAUCAUCAAUAUAAAGAAAGCAAACUGAAGAAGCUAGCAGAAAAAGGUUGUUGGGACGUUGCUGAGGCAAGGAUAAAUGAAAAUCGACAACUUCUUGAGUACUUGGUAUAUUUGGCUAUGGAAGCUGGUUACAUGGAGAAGGUCGAGGAACUCUGUGAACGGUAUUCCCUUGAAGGUUUCAUAAAUGUCAAAGAGCUUGAGGAAAGUAUUCCAAAACACCGAUACUUGCAGCUUGAUGAAUUGUCAAUAAAGGAAGUAGUCUGGGUAGAUGAAGCGAAUGGCUUGCUUGAUGCUACACGCCACAUUGAAGAAUGUAAAGUUGUGGGCAUUGACUGUGAGUGGAAGCCUAAUUACGAAAAGGGAAGCUCACCUAACAAGGUUUCCAUCAUGCAGAUUGCUUCAGACAACAAAGUUUAUAUACUUGAUCUCAUAAAGUUAUACGAAGAUGCUCCGGAUGUAUUGGACGACUGCUUGACCCACAUAUUGCAUUCUCCAAGAGUACUGAAGCUUGGUUACAACUUCCAGUGUGAUGUGAAGCAGCUUGCUCAAUCUUAUGGCCAAUUGCAGUGCUUCAAUCAUUAUGACAUGCUACUCGAUAUCCAGAAUGUGUUCAAAGAACCAAGAGGUGGUCUCUCUGGUCUGGCAAAGAAAAUAUUGGGUACCGGAUUGAAUAAAACAAGAAGGAAUAGCAACUGGGAGCAACGGCCUUUAACUCAGCUUCAGCUAGAAUAUGCUGCUCUUGAUGCUGCUGUUCUUAUUCACAUAUUUCGUCAUGUUCGUGGCUACACAGAGUCUGCUGGUGACCAGGAUAAGCGUUCCAAAAUUGAGUGGAAGUCUCACAUUGUUUCCCACAUUGAUAAUUCGAAGAUGUCCAAGAAAGAAGCUAAAAGGGGAAAGGCCAAAACUGAUAAAGUUCCACAAAGCGUCGAGAUUAAGGAGCUUACUGAACAAACUUAAGACUUAAAGCUAGGAAAUAAAGUUAUACCUAAGUUUUAAUCACAUGUAAGUAUUUCUUCCGAGAGACACAUUUACAGCUGAAAGACUUAAAACUGUUGCAGGUUUAUGUGAAUAUAUAGAUAUAGAAGGACAAAGUUUCAAUUACUAAUUUGUAGUUUUUUCUAGCUUCUGUGUAGGGGGUGGCAAUAGGAUAACAUCUCUGUGUAUCCUUUAAAUAGAAGUCUUAACUAUGGUAUUUACUUUAACAAGAGUAGGUCGAUUUGAUGAAUGAUUUGGGUUAUCCGGUAUAUAUCUCUGCCCCUAUGACAUGGAAAUGAUCUUUUCUUUUGCGAUCACUUACAAAUUAAAUAGAAUUUUUUUUUUUUUUUUUUCAAAUCUCUUGUAUAUAAAAAUGAAAAUCACUUAUAUGUAAGAAAUAAAGACCUCUUAUAAAAAGAACAUAAAACGAAAAACAAGUUUGUAGAGGGUUGCAAAAUCAAAUUGGUCUACACGAUCUUCCAAAAUUUCAAGACUUUGUUAGGAUGCAUGUUAAAGUUGUAAUUCUAUGGUAAAAUUACAAAAUAGUCAUUUUCCGGUCUCUUAAAUUAGAAAAACUAAUCAAUAAAACUUGCCCUCAAAAAUUGAUGAUUAAGAAUUUAAGCCUACAGGUAAAUCCGGAGAUCCAAAGAUUAAAUUUCACUCCUCCAAAUCAAAAUAUAUUCUCUCUACUAAUAUUAGAUAUCACGCACAUGAGUUUACUUUUUUUACCCUAUCGGUUAUCAGCCAAACCCAACUAAUUAAUGUAUUUUCACCCUCCCUUGGACUACUCUUCUAUAUAUUCAUAGACGUAACAUUUCUAAAGCCUUAAUCUUCUCUCCUCCAUUCCUCUCUAUCUCUCUACCGCAAAACCAAAUUACUCAGAGAGAGGAGGAGGAAAAAAGACGAAGACGAAGAAAUAAAUGGAAGAUUUCAACUUAGAUCAUCGGAGAUAUGUGAAUAGCGGUCAACGAAUAGGUAUCAUCGAUGAUAAAGCCUAUGCAGUUAGCAACGUCUACUUCAUUCGAGGACAACAUAAUGAUAAUAAUAAUAAUAAUAAUAACAAUACUAUGGAUAUGACGCGGCCAUCUUACAACAAGUACCGAGUCGCAAAGACGAGUUAUAAUAAAAAUCCCACAAAAGAGAGUCGAUCAUGGUACUCAACACCAGAGUUCAAAAGGAAGAAAAGGGUGGCUAAAUAUAAGCUAUAUUCAAUGGAAGGAAAAGUCAAGGCAUCUUUCAAGAAUGGUUAUCGUUGGUUCAAACAUACUUGCUCAAGAAUCAUUCAUGGCUUCUAGGCAUCAUGUAGACAAUUUGCUUGCUUUUCGUUUAUGUAAUUCUCAUGCAUCUUUGCAUGCAUGGGGUUGUGAUUUCUAUCUUCUUCGUCUUCUUUUUUCUUUUGGUUAUUUUUUCUGUGAAAUUAAUAUGGAUUGAACUGUGUAAUUUUAGUUCCUUUCUUUCA